CGUAUCGCUGUUUGAACUCACCAUAGCAGCUGGAAUUUGGAAACGAAAGGGAAAGUAGGUUUAUCAUAAAACCUUGGCAACACACCCCAAAAACCUAAUAAGCGACAACAGUUCCACCCACAGGUAUCGAGAAUGGCGAGCGAAGAGGAAAGCGCAGUUAAGGAGCCUCUGGAUCUGAUUAGGCUCAGUCUUGAUGAGCGUAUCUACGUCAAGCUUCGUUCUGAUCGCGAACUCCGUGGCAAGCUCCAUGCUUACGAUCAGCAUUUGAACAUGAUUCUUGGUGAUGUUGAAGAGAUUGUUACAACUGUUGAAAUUGAUGAUGAAACAUAUGAAGAGAUUGUCCGGAGCACAAGGCGGACUGUUCCGUUUCUUUUUGUUAGAGGAGAUGGUGUGAUAUUGGUGUCUCCUCCACUAAGAACUGCUUGAGGUCCUCUCUACAAAUGGUGUCACAUAUAUUUGGUCCUGUGAUAUCUCUCUCAUUAGAUUUGGGGACAUUUGAAAGUUUUUACAUUGUAAUGUAAUUGAUGGUGGUUUUUGUGGAUGGAAAGAGAAUCAACAAACUUUCAUUUGUGUUGCUUUAAGGGAUGCAAGAAAUAGCAUUGUACUUUUAUUUAUUUUUUAUUAUAUUUUGAAAAAUCUUAUCAAA